AUGUUCCUUAAUCCUUAAUUGAUAGAGGAUGCUUAAGAAUCUGCUAACUAAACCAAUUAAUCUAGUUAAAGAUAAUAGCCCAAAGGAAGAUCGAAUGUGACUAAAUUCUAAGUAAAAACAAAAGAAGAGUAGAAAUAAGAAAGUAAACCAUUGAGUAGAAUUUAAUAAAAAGAGGUAGAAAUACAGAAGAAAUAGAUGGAGUCUCAAAUCAAAGAGAAUGAUGAAAUGGUCGAAAGUUUAGUAUAAUUCGAUUCGGAUCCAGAAUAGGAAGACACAAAAAAAUAUGCAAAUCCAUUAUUAGAUGAUCAAAAAUAAGAAGUGGAAUAGAAGCCUGAAUAAUAUCCAAUACCAAAGGGCGCACAUGAAUUCAAAUAGCAAAUUGUUUUAUAGAGUAAUUAACAAUACAAGAAAAACCUAGGUCAAAAUGAAUCUACUUAUAAUCAAGAUUUUGAUAUAGAAAUAGAGAAAUUUUCUAUAAUUGGAAAUAAUCACAAUCAAUAUUAUGAACCAGGACAAAAGUUGACUUAGGAUGAUUCAUUACCUUAACUUGAAAAGUAGAAUCACAAAAUUAAAUUUGCUGAAAGUCUAUAUUAAGAAAGCAGACCCUAAUAAAAUGUUGUUGAAGAAGAUUAGAUUAUAAUUUAAAAAGAGAUAAUUUAAGAGGAGGAGAAAAUAAUAUAGAACAAUGAUAAUUAUCAGGAAUUGUAGGAGAUAAUAGUUCAAGAGGAAGACGAUGAAUUGUUGAAUCAAUAAUAAAAAGAGUAGGAAUAAAGGAAAGAAUUGAAAUAAUAGCAUGAUAAAAUUUAAAUGGACCUCACUAAUGAUACAAAUGAAGUUAUAGAAUAAAAAGAGAAUAUACCUGAAGUCCAAUAGGUUCCUUAAGAAUAACCUAAAUAAACUUGUCCAUAUCCAAAACCACUCGCUUCAGUUGAAAUGCCAUAUGGAAAGAAGCAUUUUCUUUUGAAUCCUGUCCCUAAAGGAGGAAUGAUCUAAUGCACAAUCAAGAGAGAUCGAAGUGGAAUGAGCAGAUUUUAUCCAAAAUACCAUCUUCACAUAUCAAAUGGAUUUUUGUAUCUGAUGAGUGCAAAAAAGAGAGCUUACAAUAACACCAGCAACUAUAUUAUAUCUAUGUCAAGAGAAGACUUAGAAAAAGGAAAUAACUUUAUAGGCAAGGUCAGAAGUAAUUUCAUGGGAACUGAAUUCGUCUUAUAUGAUUCAGGAUUGAAUCCAGAUAAAACAAAGGAUGAAUCAAAACUUAGAUAAUAACUUGGUAUCGUUUAAUAUGAAAGCAAUCUUCUCGGAUCCAAAGGACCAAGAAAAAUGGUGGUUUUAAUGCCUAAAUUGGAUGCAGAAGAUAAAUUCCAUGUUUUCAAACCAACCAAUUCUAAAGAGGGAAUAUUGAAAGAAUACCUAAAUAACAAUAGAGAUCAUAUUGUAACGUAUGUUAAUAGGCCUCCAUAAUGGAAUAGUAAGCAUAAGGCUUUUGUUCUUAAUUUUUACCAAAGGGUAGAUAAGCCAAGUGUGAAAAAUUUCCAGCUUAUUGUUGAAGGCAAAGAAGACAAUAUUUUACUGUAAUUUGGUAGAGUCGGAGAUGAUCUCUUUAAUCUAGACUUCUAAUAUCCUAUUACUCCUUUACAAGCAUUUUAAAUCGCACUAACAAGUUUUGACUACAAAAUUGCAUGUGAAUGA